AUGUCGUCGUCGACUCCCUUUCGACGCUCCGAAGAAGAUGGAGAAUCUAAUCCACUACUGAAUACUUCAGGUGAAGCUACCGAUGUAGAGUCAGAUAGACCAGAGAUAACAAGACAGAUAUCUCCUGCAUGGCAAUUCUGGAAUCAUCCACCCUUCAAACGUCAUGUACACUUCGCAAACGAACCUGAUUACCAAUCACACUACGAACCUGACGAAGAUGAAGAAUCACUAUUACCUGUUUCAAUAAAUGGAAGUGGUAACGCACCACUCAAUAAAACCCAACAUCAUCAUCAUCACCAUCAUCAUCCCUCAUACCAAAAAUGGGGUCAACGAUUGAUGUAUCUGUUGCUGUUGGUUGUUGGAGGCAUAAUAGGUGCUAUCUUCUCGAGAGCUUUAUGGAAUAAAAAUCAAGAUGCGGGUGAUGGGCCUAUGGUUCCUCCAGUAUGGACUUUACCUCCGCCGACUGGGCUACCACGGAACGACGCUUAUUUGGUUAAUGCAACUCGUGGAGCAGUGGCUUCAGAAGAUGUCACAUGUUCGAAUCUCGGGUUAUCCAUACUGCGGGAUAAGAAUGGAUCAGCAGUGGAUGCAGCUAUAACCACCACGUUAUGUAUAGGACUUUUGAAUGCUUUCUCAAGCGGUAUUGGUGGAGGUGGAUUCUUGGUCAUUCGUGUACCCUCAACGCAUUCUUCUGAAUGGGUGGAUCAAGUGAUGGAAGAUGGAGAAAAUGAAAAAGUCAUCGCUAUAGAUUUUAGAGAGACAAGUCCUGAUAAAAGUGAAAAAGAAAUGUAUGGUGCUGAAAAAGCUGGAAGGGUAGCUGCUCAAGUCGGUGGUUUGGCCAUUGGAGUUCCAGGUGAAUUGAGGGGUUUGGAAAUGGCCCAUCAAAUGUACGGUAAAUUACCUUGGAAAGAAGUUGUCAUGCCUGUUGCGGAAUUAGCGAAAGGAUGGAAAGUCAGUAGAGAAUUAGCUAGGAGAUUAAGGCUCUUUGGUCAAUUCAUGCUUUCUUCUCCAACAUGGUCAUCAGUCUAUGCUCCUCGUGGUUCUUUGCUUGUGGAAGGAGAUUUCAUCCAGCGUUUAGUAUACGGUCAAACUCUUGAAGAAAUAGCUGAACACGGUCCAGGAGGUUUCUACGAAGGCGAAAUAGCGGAAAGUAGUGUGAGAGCAGUUGGCGCCGCUGGUGGUAUAAUGAGUCUAGAAGAUCUCAAAAAUUAUAAAGCUCGAGCUUAUCCUGCUAUCCAUUCGAGGUUUAUGGGUAAAGAAAUAUACACGACCGAUGCACCUUCUUCCGGUGGAAUCCUUCUGGGUCUUUUCAAAGUCAUCGAACCAUUCAAUAUCCCUAUGACGGGCGGUUUAUCGAAUCCGUUAAACGUUCAUCGAUUAUUGGAAGGAAUGAAAUUCGCUUUUGGAGCAAGAAGUGAAAUUACCGAUCCUGCGCCUCAAUUCGGAGGUAAUCUCACCAGGUUCAAAGAAUAUUAUCAAGGUGAUUGGGCUGAUGAGAAACGGACCAAGAUAAACGAUAAUAGAACACAUGAAAUCGAUUAUUAUGGUCUUCAGCAUGAUACUCCCAUAGAUCACGGUACGACUCAUCUCAGUGUAUUAGAUCAAUGGGGCGGUGCAGCUAGUGUCACUUCUACCGUGAAUCUUAUUUGGGGAAGUCACGUUAUGGAUCCUCGAACAGGGAUCAUAUUCAAUGAUGAACAAGACGACUUCUCGGUUCCAGGUGCAGCUGAUGCAUUUGGACUUUGGCCCAGUCCAUGGAAUUAUCCUCAACCCGGAAAGAGACCACUCUCCUCAACAUCAGCUUCAAUCCUACUUACCCCUUCUACUUCUUCUGGGCCCUCAUCGAUAUAUGCAGUUAUUGGCGGUUCAGGUGGAUCAAGGAUAUUCCCUUCAAUAGCUCAAGUCUUGUUAAAUUUAUUCUCAGGAAUGGAUAUUUCGUCUUCAAUAGAAGCUUAUAGAGUACACAACCAAAUCGUACCUGAUCUAACUACGAUAGAAGUUGGACCUGAUGGAUCACCGAUUACGCUUAUAAAGGCAUUAGAACAAAGAGGUCAGAAAAUCGGAGAAUUCGAUGUGAAUCUAGGUAUCUCAGAGGUUCAAGCUAUAGUAGUCGACAACGGAACUAUAUACGCCUCGAGUGAUUCCAGGAAGAAUGGUAUUGCAGCUGGAUAUUAA